UUUAUCUGACUUUCCGUUCCCCAAUGUGUCUAUUUAACCUGCAUUACCUCAUUUGCGCUUCUGUCUUCUUGCAGCAUUUUUUCAGCACUCUACCGUCUAGCGCUUCUCCAUUGCAUUACCUGCGCCGGCACAGAAUGCACUUGCCUUUUCCGUCCGGAUUCGACUCUACUCGCCACAGCGAAAUACCUUUGAACUGAUGAAAACUGCAGCUGCUCAAUAGGCGCGAGGCUCGCGUUGACGCCGCUUUGCUUCUGUCCGUGGUGCUGAAAUGCGCGCGCGCUCUAAGUAGGCUACCUUGUGGUUUUACACUAACACUGUUACUUCAGAACAGCUUUUUGAAAUAAUUUGAUAAAUAAUUCAAAGCUACCAUCGAUGCGUCUCGCGACUUCGAGAAAUACCGGGACUCAAAAAAAAAAAUUACAUUUGCCAGCCGAGAGUAUAUUUAGGCUGUAUCGAUUUUUUUGAGGAGUGAGUGAGAAGCUAAAGAAAAAGAAAAAAGAAAAAAAAAAUUUUUUGGGAGGAAGGGUCUGUGUGUACUUUAUACAGAACCUCCUCAAGAAACCUCCUUUUCCUUUUUAAACUUAAACUAAAAGUCCUCAAGGAAGAAGGAAGUUUUUUUUUCCCAGACAGGGGAUGAAUAUUUCUCAUUUCCAAUUCUGCUUUGGAUUUUCCUCCUGGAUAGAUCGCAAUUAAAUCGAGCGCCAUUCACGCAGAACUUGGUUGAAUACAGAUGAUAAUCUGAACAGAGGCUUCACGCAAGCAGCAGUGUGGAGAUGGAAGCGUCCACCAACGGCUCCAGUUUUGGAAUCGACUCCUUGCUCUCCCACAGGCCUGGAAGCCCAGUCAACGCGAAGAGGGACAGUUUGGUAGGAGAAUGCCGGUCCCCGCUGGAGUUCAGCCCCAGGUCAGACUUAGAGAGCGGUUGUUCUUCUCCUCCGUCCCCGCGGCGGGAGUGCGGUGAGGAUGCUGCGCAGAGACAGGGUCACCUGCUCGGGCUCGCGUCCCAUUUGCAGCAUGGGCCGAUCUCCGCCGGAUCGCAACCUCGGACUGUCACUUCAUCCUUCUUAAUAAGAGAUAUUCUGGCUGACUGUAAACCCUUGGCGGCGUGUGCUCCUUACUCCAGUAACGGCCAGCCGACUCAGGAGUUAGGGAGACUGGCAUCUAAAAUCGCAGACGACUUCAUUGAAAAGAUCCACAGUAACUCAUCGUCAGACUGUGAAUACAAAGUGAAAGAGGAGGGCGACAGGGAGAUCUCGAGCAGCAGAGACAGCCCGCAGGUUCGCCUGAAGAAGCCACGGAAAGCGCGGACCGCCUUCUCUGACCAUCAGCUCGCCCAGCUGGAGCGCAGUUUUGAGCGUCAGAAGUACCUGAGUGUGCAGGACAGGAUGGAGCUGGCAGCAUCUCUCAACCUGACCGACACGCAGGUCAAAACCUGGUACCAGAACAGGAGGACGAAGUGGAAGAGGCAAACUGCGGUCGGACUGGAAUUGUUGGCGGAGGCUGGAAAUUAUUCUGCGCUGCAAAGGAUGUUCCCCUCGCCGUAUUUCUACCCUCAAAGCCUGGUGUCGAAUCUGGACCCUGGAGCAGCGCUCUACUUAUACAGGGGACCUUCGGUGCCCCCGCCGGCGCUGCAGCGUCCUCUCGUUCCCCGGAUUCUUCUGCACGGUCUCCAGGGCGCCAACGAGCCGCCGCCGUCUCUGUCUCUGCCCCCCCUCUCCGGUGUGUUACCCAGACCGACACCACCGCGAUGAACGGCACGAUUCGGACUCGUUACAAUACAUGGCAGCUUUGAACUCCACCAUCAAAAAAACUAUUUUACUGGUGACAAAAUAUUCGAGAAAUUUUAUGAAGCCACAAAAACAAACUGACACACAAAAAGUGAUUGGAGACAUUUUUAAACUUUAUUUAAUUAUU